AUUUGCAUACGUAAUUCUCUCAUACCGGAGAAGCAAGUAUGUGAGAGGAAGGAAUUAUCGAAUAGAAGGCCGUUUUCCCGGCGAUUUUAAUCCGUCCAAAAUCAAAUUUCUGUGAUAUGGAUAGUUCAGAAGUUGAAUCAACGGGUGGUCCCGUUGCAGAUGAUAGAGGAAGUUUAACAAUUCGAGCCAUAUUUUUAUCAGUAUUUUUAAUAGUUGGAUUCGUAAGCAAUUGCUUAUUAGUGGCUAUAAUAGCUCAAUCGAAAAGACUCAGGAGUUCGGAGAUUAAUCGCUUCCUAUUGAGCAUUGCUGCAGCAAAUAUUAUAAACUGUGGUUGUAUUAUGCCGAUAAUGUUAAGUUAUACUGUAAGGGAUACUUGGGAUCUAGGAGAUUUUGCUUGUCGUCUAAAUGCAGCUCUUAUUCAAAUUACCACCUCAACAGUUUUAUUCAGCCUUUUCCUCUUGGUAUUAGAACGAACUGUAACCGUUUUAAAAGCUCCUCCAGACGGGACAAAAAGCCAUAGAGCCAUCAUUUUUAUUGCCAUUAUAUGGCUUUUUCCUACUGUUUUUGCCAUACCCUUGUUCAUUUCUCAGGUUACGGAUGUUGAAGCAAACUCCAAAAGAUCAUUAUGUCAUGUGACCAAGAGCCCCUCCAUUUAUAAUGGUUUUUUGUUGGGUAUAUGCUACGGUCUACCAUUUUUGGUGACCCUUGUCCUCCUCUGUAUCAUCCUUAAGGAGGCUGUCAAUAAAAUGUUACCUGAACCGGCUCAACCGGAGUCAUUCUCUCAAUUAGAAUCUCAGACGAGGAUUGAUCCUAACGACGAUCGUCUUAGAAAGGACUUGAAUACUGCAAAAUUCGUUGCUUUUCUCUUCCUCGUUUGGUGCAUAUUAGAGGGACCCUAUAUAGUUAUGGAUUUUAUAGAGAUUUUCGGUGGUCCUAAACUAGUAUCCGGUUGUCAAAUAGCUUUUACGUGGAUGAAGUUUAGUUAUACUAUGGUUGUACCUCUUUUAACGCUCUCCUGGAGGAAGGAAGUAUGGCAGAAACUAAAGAAUAAAGUUCUCUGCCGGAAAUCAAACCUAAUUAAUGAUUCUAGCCCCAGAACAUCCCCCCGCCAUAAUGGGGACGCUCAAGCGGGAAAUUCUAAUGGGGCGUCAGCUUCAAGUAUUCACGUUCCGGUUCUUUACGCAACGGGUGACGGAAUGUUCGUCAAGAGUCGUGAAACUGAUGAUGAAGAGAUAACAAAAAAGAAAUGCGACGUUCAAGAUGACACCAGCGAUUACGAUUCGCAGGGAGAGGAAGAAAAUAAAGAGAAUGAGCAACGAAUGAAACAAGCUCCCCAAACAGAAGUGCAAAGGAGUAGGCCAAACUCAUUAAUACAAGAUUCCGGGGUUGAAUCUUGCAACGGUACUGGUGAAAAGAGGCGUAAAAAGAGGAAUAAUUCCCAAGAGAUAAAUAAGCUGGAUGAAAGGGAAGAGGACGAAGUUGAGAGGAAAGAGGUGGAGGCAGAGGAAGAGGAGAAGAAUCGGAAUGACGAAGUUGUAGAGGGAGAUAGGGUGGCAGAAGAUUCGGGUAGAGGUUCUAUUGAAAUUCAUAAACCAAAAAAGAAGAAGAAACGCCGGAAGGAGACUAUAGACGUAGACCUACCCGAAGAUACAAAAAAGAAGAAAAAAAAGAAGAAGAAGAAACGAAAGGACGAAGAAUCUUUGGAAAUGUCUGAAGUUACAGUCCCACCAAUGAGAUUACCUGCAUUGGAUCAUAAACCGUCUAAUCCAGAAAUAUCAUCUUCCGCACCAUUUACUCAACCAACGAAAUUACCUGCUGUUUCUCACAAAAAGGAACCCAAAUCACCGUCAGGAAGUCAGACACAUUUAUUGCAAAGCUCUGGAACGUCUAACGAUCUGAGCGGAUUAUAUGCUCCUAAUGAUAUGAAAUUAACAAAGAAACGAACUAUUGUAGAUCCCAAUCAAGAUACAACUAUAUAA